AUGAUUUGCUCAAUUAAUUUAUUAUCACCGAAAAUAGGUACGUUUACGGAGUCGAACAAUUUUCGGAUGAUAUAAACUUUUUGAAUGGAAGUCAACCGAAUACCUACUGGAAGAUAUGCUGGAAGAGUUUGCCGUUCGGAAUAUUGCGAAGUAAUCGACAUUAGCUUCCCGUCUAACAAUGUGUCCGAAAUGGCAUCGAAUAUACUCUACGUAAUCCUGUUGAUCGUGGCAUUACUCUUUAUGCUCCGUCAAGUUGUCAUGUCCAUUAAGGCUAGAAAUGUUACGGGCUUGUUAUUUCAAGCUACGAUGCUUUGGGGACCACCGUCGGACGAAGAUCGCCGGAUGCGCAGGAUGUACAAUCCACGCGAAGAGACCAACUACUGGAAGAAGAACAGCCAGUGCACUCACCACUGUCUCAUUGGAAAAGACAUUCUGCUCUCUGUUAUUCACAGCGAGAUUAAUUCAAGGAGUAACAGGGCCAGACGCAAUGACACGAUGCAACAGGAUAUGACUGCGGUAACAAAAUCGACGAAACAGAAUCAGGAAGUUUUUUCCAUCAACAAGGUAUCCAGUGCAGAGUUAGAAAAUUUCGAGGAGCAGGUGAAUGAGAAAUUGAAGUUUCUCCAAAAAAUCGAGGAGAUGGAGGCUGAACUAAAGCACGAGCGAGUUGAAGCUCUAAGAAAUAAUGUUGAAGCUGCAAAAUCUAUUGACGAAAUGGACGGCCGAGUGAGUGGGCGAUGCAACAGGUUUUUGUGCCACAGCGACAAGUUCUUGCUGAUUUCUUUGUUGUACAGAUUGAACAAAUGAUUGACCAAGCAAAGUACAGAGGUUUGCUGAAGACGGAGAAUAGCACAACCAGGGUGGUGAAUGCACCUUCCAAACUGAAACAGCACAGGAUGCCCCUGUUUGUACCAAAAGAGACACCACGCUCCAAAAACGUCUCAAAGACCCUGGCCAAGGCUGAUUCCAAAAAGCGAAACAAGGAAUUUGCCACAUUUCAGACACAUGUGGUCCACGUGCCGAACUUCA